CUUUUUGUCACCCAUUGUAGUCAUGGCUUUUCUUGGGCUUCCUCAUAUCAGGUUCCAACAACGCUCUUUUCCUGCCCUACUGAAUCUUUUCUCUCUCAUCGAAUCUCUAAACACUGUUCCAUACCCUUCCCCGUAAUCCAAGCGAACCAGCCGAAGUCAUCCUUCACAUACUGUAUCCCACAGCGAAGUACAAUAAAGCACAAAAUGGCAGCCAAUGUCUCACACGGACGUGGGGGUGCCGCGAACAUCGGACCGGACCCUAACACCUAUACUGACGGUGAGAUUGUCCGCGAAGGACCUGUGGGCAACCAGGGAGAUGGCCCGUAUUCAGCAGGACGAGGUGGCGCAGGCAACAUCGACCCCGAUGGGGUGGUAGCUCCUGGCGCCGCACCACACGAUGCGGAUAUCAUUCCGGAGCCUGCUCUGAGAGUGACCAAAGAAGAGUCUCACCACGUUGGACGAGGUGGUGCCGGAAAUGAAGCUCACGUACACGAGGAAAAGAAGCAUGAAGGCCUGGCAGACAAGAUCAAACAUAUCUUCAGCAAAGAUGGGAAGAAAUGAAAGUCAAUAGAGACUGGAGGAUAUGGUAAUGCAUUAAUGGAAGAUACCCACACCGAUUUUAUUUAGGCGAGAAAGAUGGGCGAAAAAUGAUGGUUGGCUGCAACGUUUACGACACUCAGCCUGAGAGAGAUGAAGUACGGAUAGUUUAUGGAGAAAUGAGAGAUCAUAUUGCAGACACUA